CAGCAACAAACACGAGCUGCUGGCACCUGAUCAGCAUGAUUUCUCAGCAGAUAACAGCAAAUGCAAGCGCCACAGAAAAUGGUGGCAAAGGGACAAGAGUAGGAUCAAGGCAUGACUGUUAAGAACAAUGCUGUAGAAGUAGUUAAGACCGUGGGCUUGUUUUUGGCAGCGGGAGUGUGUGAGAUCGGAGGCGGCUGGCUCGUCUGGAAGUGGAGGAAAGACGGGUGGCAUUGGGGCUACGGAAUACUCGGCAGCCUGAUUCUCGUUGCAUACGGCAUCAUCCCCACUCUCCAGGACAACGACUUUGGGCGCAUUUACGCCGUGUACGGCGGCUUCUUCAUCGUGCUCUCGUUCCUCUGGGGCUGGGCGUUUGAUGGGAAUAGGCCCGACAAGUGGGACCUGAUUGGCUCCGCGAUAGCGCUCACUGGAGUCUGCUUUAUCAUGUUCAUGCCUCGCAAGAGCGCUGACCCGCCCCCUGUGAUUGCACCGGAACCAAGUCCCCUUUAGUGUGUGUCUGCACUUGAAAGCGGUGACCAGAUUAAGAAGGCGAGUUGCUCGAGAAGGAACCUUCGGGACAGGCCAAGGAAACGGACAGACAAACCUACAGAUUGACAGCUGAAAGCGGGAGGGAGAAGAAAGUAGCGAGUCGCUUCUCCAUUGGAAGAAACUCCCAAAGAAGGGGGCAACAGUAGGCCGCUCGCCACAAUGCCGCGCGAGGGGGUGGCGAUCUCAAACAACGAGCGGGCGUUCAUCCUAGCGGCCCUGCAAGCGGACCAGCGCAUCGACGGCCGGGGGCCGUUCGACCUGCGCCCGCUGAGCAUCGACUUUCUGGGGGGGUCCGGCCCAGUCGAGGUGCGGCUGGGGCAGACCCGGGUGCUCGCAGUGGUCGGGGCGGAGCUUGGGGCACCUUGGCCGGACCGGCCGAACGAGGGGAGCCUGCAGGUAUAUACCGAGUUCUCCCCAAUGGCAGACCCGGCGUUCGAGUCCGGCAAGCCUGGAGAAGCGGCGGUGGAACUUGGGAGGAUCGUUGAUAGAGGCCUCAGGGAGAGCCGUGCAGUGGAUACGGAGGCGCUGUGCGUUGUGGCAGGCCGCGCGGUUUGGGCCGUUCGCCUAGACCUGCACGUGCUCGACAACGGCGGCAACAUGGUGGACGCCGCGAACGUCGCCGCUCUAGUUGCGCUGCUCGCGUUCCGGCGGCCCGAGUGCAGCGUCGGGGGAGCCGACGGGACCGAGAUCAUCGUGCAUCCGCCGGAGGAACGCGACCCGGUUCCCCUCACUAUCCACCAUCUUCCAGUCGCGGUCACUUUUGCGUUCUUCGAGGAGGGCGAGCUGGUGGUGUUGGACCCUGUGUGGAAGGAGGAGGCGACCAUGGGCAGCCGGAUGACCAUCACCGUGAAUGCUCACGGCGAGAUCUGCGCCAUUCAAAAGGGCGGCGGCGUCGGGAUCACUUCAGACCAAGUGCUGCGGUGCGCGCGCAUCGCCACCGCCAAAGCCACAGCCAUCACGGAGGAGAUCCGCAAAGCCGUCGAGGCGCACGAAGUCGAACGUCAGCAGAGCAAGGUGAAAAGGCACCCGCGGGCCCCGUCUGGCGCGGACCUAGUCCUCUCCGGGGCCGAUUUACACUCUGGUUCCGCCAUCAUGCUCGAAACGACGCAGGAAACAGUUGGGGUUAUGGAGGUAGAGGAGGGGUUAGCGGAAGGGUUAGUGGAAGAGGAUACCGAUGAGGAAGACGAAAGCGAUGAAGAAGAGGAGGAGAUCGAGGAAACUCCGACACCGGUGGUUGGGAAAAGCAAAUCGGGAGCCGGGGGUGCAAAAAAGGGCGCGGGGGCGUUCGCCGGGGGCGCGUCCACGUGGCUGGAGGAGGAUGACGUCAGCGGGGCGCAGGCGGGGCGAAAACGGGACUGGAGGAGGGAGCGGCCGGCGGCCAAAGGGGGUCCGACCGCCGAAGCUCUAGACGAGUUCGACCAGGUGGCGGCUCUUUUGGGGCAAAAGCCUCCCCCCCAGAAAACCUCUUCUAAACCUCAAACCCUCCUCAAAAUGCAAAACCCUGCUAAACCCGGAAAUGUAACCCAACCGGCCCCCACGCCAACCGCCAACUUCGCCCUAGAUAGCGACGAAGAGGAGGAAGCCCGAGUUGAGCUACGGGGCGAGUUUUCGGGGGGUUCCGGGAAGCAACUAGAGGCGACGGAAAGAGGGGGGGCGGGGGCGAGCAAGAGCGUAGGGAGAGAGGGGGUGAGGAUGGAGGUGGACGACGAAGAGCUGACGCUCGAGGCGGCGGUAAAGCCGAAGGCGAGGAAGAAGAAAAAGAAGCUGAAAAUACAGGGGGACGAGUAAGGGACGGCAACUAGAGCGAGUGCUUAAGGACUCGGUCAAUGCGGGGCGUUUCGGUUUAACACCACUAGAUACUUUUCUUGGAAUUCUGCACUUGUAGUCUUCCAAUGCAUGCCAGCGAUCCCAAUGAAGUUGCAGGUUACGGGGGCCGUCGGACAUUAGCAGUAAGAGAAGGUGGUGACCAAGUCUGCCAGCCAAUUAGCUGACGACGGUAUCCAGGCAGUAAGGUCGUCUUUUCAAAGCAAAUAGUGCGGCAAAUAUGGAGCAAGCCUGGAUGUACGGUAUUUAACAGUGGUAUCCCGACUUACAUGUCCAAAGGACAACGGAUGCCUGCUGUGUAAGCGCUAUAACCUAUAGAUUGGGAUUGGAUGUAUGGUUUGGGCCUCCUCAUCGUUUGAUCGGCCGGAUCGUAGCCAUCAGGAGAAGUUGACAAACUAGGUAUGUACUAAUCAAGCACUGCGAGAUGGCGGUGGGGUAGCUCUAGGCGUUCAAGUGUCGAAC